GAUAUUUCAAAAGUGAUCGUGAUAAGUAUUUUUAAUUAAAUUGUAAACUAAAUAAUCAUCAGUAUCCAUUUUAUUUAUAAAAAUAUACUUAUAAAAAUGCAUUUUUACUGACUAAACUUUUGAAAAACUCUAUUUUUUUUUCCUUAAUAAUAACCUAUUUGAUUUAUUUGAUAGAACCAAGAGAAAAUUAUUUUUACAAAAAUCCUAAAUAUAGUCUUUAAAUUAUAUAAAAAUUAUGAUUUUCUCCUUUUCAAAUAUUUAUUUUAAGACUAAAAUUUAUAUGUGUAGUAUUUUAUUAAUCUACAUAAACUUGAUUUAGUCUAUUUCGAAAUACAAAUUAAAAAAUGCCGAAAAAGGUGAUUAAACUUUAGAAUUUUUUUUCAAAAAAAUAUUUUUCGAAAUUUGUAUAAGUGUUGAAAAACUUUUAAAAUUCAACAAAAGUCUUUUUUAUGAAAAAUGUAAAUUUUUGAAGAAAAAAAAAACAGAACUUUUGGAGUUCACAUAGAUACUUUUAAAAGAAUUAUAUAUAUAGUAUAUUACCAAAACUAAAUAGAGAAAAGGGAACUAUAUUCUCUUGAAAUUUAAUAAUUCGUCAAUCAAUUGAUUUUCAUAAUAGCACCUAGAGUCAAUUAAAAUAAAAUUUUUGGAUUUUUAGAUAACUUUUUUGGCAAUAAAUGCCUUACUUUUUAAAG